UGUUGCGCUCUCAGCUCCAAAGCCGCCGUCCCCGAACCUGCAGCUGCCGGACUCAUUCCUCCUCUCUCUGCCGCCCUGAUGGACGUAAAAGACUUGGGAGGGGAGUCCUCGGAGGGAGACCAGGAGGAUCUGGACAACGUCAAAGCCCUGACGGAGAAGCUGAAGCUGGAGACGCGCAGACCGUCCUAUCUGGAGUGGCAGGAGCGCGUCCAGAGCCGCCCGUGGAGGGACGGGGACGCGGGGGACACACGCAGUCCGGACUCCGCCGGACAGGUCGGGUCCAUGCCUGCGGUGUUGAGAGAUGACAACUCUCGAGAACUGGUCGUGCGCAAUAUCUGUGGCUUUGACACUAUUGAUGAUGCCUUGGACUUUCUGAGAAAAGAGCUGAGGGAGAUGCAAGUCCAGGACAACCGUCUGGCCCGCCAGCUGAUCCGUCUGCGCGGAGAGAUCCACCGGCUGAAGGUGGAGCAGGUGUGCGACCGGCACAAGGAGAUGCUGGACGAUGCAACGUACGAGCUGGAGGAGUGUGAUGAAGAGUCGGACCUGCUGUGCGACAUCCCCAUGAAGGCCGCCUUCGCUUUGUCCACCCCCUUGAAACACCUGGGCCUCACCAAGAUGAACAUAAACUCCCGACGCUUCUCACUGUGUUAGAGUGAGGAUGUUCCCAUCUCCACCUCUGUGUUUGCUUAGGCAAGGCUAUUAGCGUUAUUUCCUCUUCAUGGAGGUGUUGUGCCGUCAGAGUGAGGAAACUGCCAGAACUGCUGCCCGGCUGCCAUGAGUGAAAAAACAAGCAAUAAACCCUUUGAUAUGUGCCUUGGCUUGACAUGAAUGAGAGAGCCUCUGUGCACAGACCUGCAGAGAUACUCACCUUUCCCACUGCUAGAACUGACUCUGCCGCUUUGCUGGUUAUACCUCUGUGUAAUGUACACUUUUAUUAAGAAGCUCUAACUUUAUUAAGAAGCUCUAAUCCUUAAUAUCUAAUGCAGUUUCCCGAGAACUGCAAAGAGGUGAUUGUGAAGGAUUUUCAGUGGACUAAGCGAAUGCACACCUCAGGAUGCAAAGCAGAGAUUUAGGAAAUUUAAUUAAGGGACUUUCACACAGGUCAUGUUACAUGUUACUAGUCAUGACCUCAAUCUGGAGUCAUAUUAAUGGGAUAAAAACUUCUGAAGAGAGAGAAGAAAAGGCUUUUUAAAGCCAAUAAUUAAUGUGAUGUCAAAGGCCUAAAAAUAAAAUGAUAAAUUUCUGCUAAAUUCGUUACAUGCAGCAUCAAGGAGCCGUAGGCUUACAUGGUUUUAAGAUGUCACAUGUUCUAAUCAAAUCAUUGAGUUUGCAGUCAGUGUGUCAUGUUGUGUGAAGCGGGAUCAGAUAAAGACAGCGCGCAGCAAGCCUUUAAAGUAAACCAAAGUGUCUUAAAACAGCAAUAUAAUUGAGCUCUUGAAGCCGUCGUCGGCCUCUACGAGUAUCCUCUCAGGAAGGAGGGUUGGGGGGGGGGUCACACUCAGCAUUUUUACACCUCUUCUUCACAAACCCAAAAUAUCUCUACAGCCUCAGCGCCGCAGUGACAGGACCCAGGAGGUUGAAUUGUUUCCCGUUAGCUUGUCCAGACCCCGCAGAGCACUUAUUGUAUAAGAGUGGAAAGUUUAUUUUUGUUUCGUGACACUUGUAGACAAAUAUUCAGUCGUCGGUUUUAUAGUUUUGUAAGAAGCAGGACAGGGUUUGCUGUAGCUCUGUUAAAUGUAUAAAGCCUCUGCAAAUUUUGUGAUGCCUAUGCAAUGUAUUUGGCACAUGACCACAUGCUUUACAAUGUAAAUGCUCUCUUUCUUGUACAUAAAAAUGGAAUCACAAAGUA